AUGGCGCCGCCAUCGCCGGCGCUCCCGGACGAGCUCGUCGAGGAGAUCCUCCUCCGCCUCCCGACCGAUGACCCCGCCUGCCUCCUUCGGUCCUCCCUCAUCUCCAAGGCCUGGAGCGGCGCCGUCUCCGGCCCCAGCUUUCGCCGCCGCCUCCACGAGCUCCACGGUGCACCCCCCAUGCUCGGCCUCCUCCAUAACCAGGCCAGCGAGUCAACCCGCUUCUUCAUCCCCACCACUGCCUCGCCCUUCUCCCUCUCCGCCCCGGACGGCCGGUCCUGGCUGGCCCGCGACUGCCGCCACGGUCGCGCCCUCUUCUUCCCCAAGGGUCAGGACGCCGAGGAACUCCUGGUGUGGGAGACAAUCACGGGCGCCCAGCACCUCGUGCCUGUGCCCGCGGCGUUGGAGCGCGGCUACUUGACUGCGGCCGUGCUCUGCGCGGCGGAUGGGUGCGACCACCGCGACUGCCUCGGGGGCCCUUUCCGCGUGCUUUUCGUCUUCCCCGGCGGGCAUGGCACGUCGGCGUGCGUCUACUCGUCGGAGACCGGUGCCUGGGGCGAGCCGACCUUGACGCAGGGCGAGUUAAUGGGAUGCAUACAACAUUCCUGCAUUCUCGUCGGCAGCUCUCUGCUCUACUUCGUCUCCUACAACAUGGGGGAGAGUGGAACGAUCCUGGAGUAUGACUUGUCCACACACUCCCUGACUCUGUUCAGCGCACCAGACAAGCACUGUGGCCUGUAUAAUCUCGUGCUCACAGAGGACGGUGGGCUGGGUGUAAUCCAAGACUUGCAUCCACAUCUCAAAUUGUGGACAAAAGAGGCGAGUGGUGGCGCUGAGGCACGAUGGGUGCUGAGCCGAGUCAUUGACCUGCCCAAUUUGCUCCCAACUAGUGUCCGCUUGGAUGAAGGUUAUAGAGUGCUAGUGGUGGGCUUUGCCGAGGGAGCAAAUGUCAUUUUUGUUAGUACAAUGGCCGGACUCUUUGCAAUUGAGCUACAAUCUGAGCAGGUGAGGAAGGUGUGCGAUCAUCGUAGCUUCCUUAAUGUGGUUCCAGUUGUCACCUUCUACACUCCUGUGCCCCGAGGCAACCACCAAAAUCUGUUGCUGUCCAAGCCUGGUGAGGAGGCAGGUGGUGAGGAGGGUGGAGAGGAGGAGAAAACAGUAAAUCAGGCGCAACAACUGGCCGACCAUGGUUCGAAUGCUAUCAAGGACGGGAACUUUGUCAACACUUCCGAAAGCAUCCGCCACGACCACAAUAUCAGUUAA